GCCCCCAGGAGAUUUCCGGCUUCUAGGUACUGGCCUAGCCGUAAAGGGCUCCGCUCCGCCCCUGGAGCAACCGUUUCCUCCUCAGUCGGACCAGAGUGAUUGAUUCGUUUGUUGUCUAAUCAUCAGUCGAAUGGCCACAUAAUUACCAAUUAGGCAGUAGCAAAGGCGGGUACCGAAGCACGGAGUCUGGGUGACUAGGAAGAACCGAGACUGCGAAGGAGAACGCAUCAAGCCCAGGCGGCGGUGGAAAGGUGACCGGGCUGGAGGACACACCUAAACAUGUGGAAUCCCAAUGCCGGGCAGCCAGGGCCAAAUCCAUAUCCCCCCAAUAUUGGGUGCCCUGGAGGUUCCAAUCCUGCCCACCCACCAUCUAUUAACCCACCCUUUCCCCGAGGCCCCUGUCCUCCUCCCCCAGGAGCUCCCCAUGGCAAUCCAGCUUUCCCCCCAGGUGGGCCCCCUCAUCCUGUGCCACAGCCAGGGUAUCCAGGAUGCCAACCAUCGGGUCCCUACCCUCCUCCAUACCCACCGCCUGCCCCUGGAAUCCCUCCUGUGAAUCCCUUGGCUCCUGGCAUGGUCGGACCAGCAGUGAUAGUGGACAAGAAGAUGCAGAAGAAAAUGAAGAAAGCUCAUAAAAAGAUGCACAAGCACCAAAAGCACCACAAGCACCACAAGCAUGGCAAGCAUUCCUCCUCCUCUUCUUCCUCCUCUUCCAGCAGUGAUUCUGACUGAAUACAGGCCCUGGACCCUUCCCUCAAGUCUCACCAGUUCUGCUCUCCCAUCAAGCUUCAGAUGCCAUGUUGUACUGGGGGAAUGUAGCCCUUGUGCUCCCCACCCCCUACCUCCACCUGAGCCUCACCCUGCUGUUGAGCCCUGAGUGGCUAGGGGAAAUGGGAAGAGGAUUGCCAUGGCCUGGCCAUCUUGUUGCUGCUUGGAUAGAUCAUAUAGCUAAUGAAUUAGGCAGGGGAGCUAUUUUUUGAAGAUGAUGAACUAAAUGUUGAAGACAAGUUUGAUAUCUGUAAAAUGUGAUUUUUUACUUCCGCUUAUAAUACUUGUGAUUGGGGAGGUUUGUGGAAAUUCAAGUAUGAUGAAAAACCUCUAUCUUUUUUGUAAUGCUGGCAUACUUGGGGAAUUUAGUGGCAAAUACAUUCCCCAGCAGGCCUUUUGUUGGUUGCACUAACUGCAAGGUUGCUGGGAAGUAGAGUCCAUUUGGUCGAUGAGCUUUGACUGCCGUUUUGGAACCUUACCUCUCCUCCUUAGCCCAAUAUGCUGUCUCGGGUCCUAUUCAAAUAAAGUUAUUUCUCCUGG